AUGAAAAUGAGGCAGCUCUUUCGUAUAUCAGUUCUUUUUGUGCUGGGUCAACUACCCUACAAAGCAGUAACUCAACAAUGCGGAUCCCAGGUAUCCAUCUUCGGCUGGAUGUUAAAGGGACACAUCUACAACACGAUGUGGGCAGAACUCCUGCAUACAUGCGUACAAGUUUGUCGCGAAGACGAUCGAUGCCAAAGCUUUAACUGGGUGAUCUCUCUCCUCAAGUGCGAGUUUAGUAACAGAACCAAGGAAGCCAGACCUGAGGAUUUCAUUCCUGACCCAGACAGAUUUUACCACAAACGUGAUAGGAACAGAGGUAAAAAACUGUUUACAAUAAUUGUUUAUUAAUUGUUAUGAUGACUGAGUGGAAUCGAAGUAGCUAACCUCUGUAAUCAUUCGUGAAGAGUGAUUAAACAAAGUUGGACGGCCGCGUACCGGCACAGGUAGCCCAAGCUCGAAAUACAAGCUUUGGCGAACAUCGGCCUUGUUGCGUGACAUUCGAAAUAUAAGGAUUUGUAUGGGAUAAAAACCUUUAUUAUAUACAUACUGAGAAAUACUCACCAAAAAGCUAUGUCGUAAAUUGUCGUACGCAAAUUAGUUCUAGCCAAUCAGAGGAGCGAACGAUGGUUUUCACACGUGAAAAAAAUGAUACGUCCAAUCAGAAUCGCGAACGAUGUUUUUUCACGUGUGAGAAAAAUGAUACGUCCAAUCAGAAGCCACAGAGGUGUGUGAGUUUCGCGCCAAAAUUCCCGCCUUUAAUUGCAGCUUGCAGCGCCGCUUCGCACACAUUCAACGAGAAAAGUUUUACUCAAAGAGUUUUUCUCGCUAAAAAAGUGAAAAACAUUUCGGAAAUGGAGUGGAAUAGUUUCGUUUGUUUCACUGUCGAUGAAAAAAACGGUAGAGAGCCGGCGAAACAACAACGGAAAGGGAAAAACAGAACGAGACGUAAGCCUUUGUUGUGCUUUUUGUCGGAGCUACUUUGCCUUUCAUUUUAGCUUAAGCUUAUAAUAUUCAAACCGGCCAUUUUCCUUAAAUUCACUCAUUUUCAAUUGUGCAUUGAGAACAAACAGUUAAGAUAACUUAUAGUUCUUGGAUUACCUCGUAUCCUUACCGUCCUUUAUGUUUUUAACAAACGUUUUUACUAAAAAGCUGGUACUUCGUUUUCGUUGUCAUUUUGCGGUAAGUGGGUAGCGGCAAAUUUUAGCAUUUUUGAAAGAUUUAAAAUAAAAAGGCCGCCAAAAUGAUGAAUGUCUCAGUAUGUAUAUAAUAAACACAAUACCACAUGGAAAGUGCUUUGUACGGUAUUUACGCACUCGUUGUUUUUGUAUCAGAAAUCUUACUCGUUCGCUGCGCUCACUCGUUCGAUUUCUGAUACGUCAACAACUCGUGCGUAAAUACCGUACGCCAGCACUUUCCAUGAAGUAUUCUCUAUAUCGUCUCUGUAACCUACGAAAAUGAAAGGAUUUCAAAUAAAAAACAGCUUACCUUACUUAAAAUGUGUUACGUCGCUCUAGUGUGGUCCACGGGCCGAUUUAUGGCCGUUUUAUGGGUUUUUAUUUCUCUAGAGAGAAAACGGUUUACAUAAAGGCCAAUUUGAAAUAAUGUCAUUUGUAUUUUUUCUAAAAAGUAACCAAUACCAGCGCCCAUGAAUGGCAAGUACUGUCUUAGGGACUACCACUUUUUUUUUUAACUUGGCGGGGGGGUGGGGGGUUGAAGGGUUGGAAAAUUUGCACAUGCAAACAUUUUUUAUAUAUAUAUGCGACUCCACGUUGCAAACAUUUUUUGUGUGACUCCGUCUUCCUGCAAACACUUUAAGUUUUUACUUGCAUGCAAUUUAUUUCAAAAAUUUCCACCCCACCCCGAAUGGUGCGUCCCGAAUUACAUAGCCAUGAAGCAAUGAUUGUGCGUCCUUUUAAUCCUGAUAUCAGGACAACAGAUAACCAAUCAGUUUGAAUUAUUUUUUAUCCGCCCUGCUGUGACUGAGCUUCCUACCCUGAAGUAUAUAUGUAGCAAACUAACUGUCAAAACCGACUGUAAAUCAAAUAAAAGACAUGAUGAAUUGACUUCUUCUUUCAGUGCCUCUAGGUUCCAUUCCCGAACUACCGGCUGAAACCUGUUUCGAAAUAAAGAUGAGUGAAGGUCAUUCCAUCAGUCAAAAGUAUUGGUUUUCUACCAUUAAACCUGGCACGUCUGUUCUCGCUCACUGUAAUAUGGAGACUGAAGGUGAGUUCACUUUAAAUUUAUAAGUGAUAAGAUCCGUUUCAGUCGGUUAUAGACAAGCAAAGGUGAGGAAGAGAAGACAAUGCUUUGGAGGUGAGGAAUGAGUUAGCGUAUAACUGAAUGAUCCCGGGGACUAACCUUAAAAGGAUUAAGGCUCUUUCAAGUAUAUAUUGUCCAUUUUGCAUUCUUUGUAUUACUUUACACAUGCAAAUGUGAAAUAGACAGAAAAAUAGGCUGCUUGCUCCAGGGGUGCUCCUGA